UUUGAGGGUCUCUAACACCAACUCAAGCUGAAAGUGUUGUCAUCAGCCGUUUUUCUAACGUGACUCAUUUGUUUGUUUACAAUCAUUUGACGCACCGUUUUAGCACCCUGAGCACUGACCUGACGCGUUAACACACUUAUUGCCGUUUCGUCGCAUUAAACUAUUUCGAAGCGACUCCUUUUACCCGAGGGAACAAUCUAUGCAGAGAUUGUAUAUUUGAGAGAUGGGUUCAGAGAACUCUGACCACUUUGGACCAGCGGUGGUCCUUGUUGACGAAGAUGAGCAAGAAGUAGGUGGUCUAAUCAACUCAGACGGGGAAGAAGUGGAGUUCUCCGAAGUCAGAGUGAAUCCCAUCUCAGGUGUUGUACCUGCAGAGACUCCCUCCAAGAAAUUGAUUCAGAGCGAGAGUGAAAAGCUAGCAUCCCUCCACAGCUGCUCAGUUUGUGGGAAAGACUUUCCUUACGCCUCUAAGCUUCAGCGGCAUCUGCGCACUCACUCAGGAGAGAGGCCAUUCCCUUGCUCCAUGUGCGAAAAGAGAUUUCCAGAGAAAGGGCUCCUCAUGAUCCACGAAAGGGUCCACACGGGCGAAAAGCCGUUCCCGUGCACUUUCUGCACCAAGAGGUUUGCCAGUCAGGGGGAGCUGCGUCUCCAUCGGCGGACUCACACGGGCGAGAGGCCUUACCACUGCUCCAUCUGCCAGAAGAGCUUUUCUCGGCACUGGCACUUGAAGACGCACCUGGAGGCGAUGCACUGCGAGGUAGUUGCGGGCUUCACAAGGAAGAAAUUUCCAUGCUCGGAGUGCGAGAAGAGCUGCAACUCGGCGGCUGAGUUGAGGGACCACCAACGGACUCACACUGGGGAAAGGCCCUUCCAGUGCUCAUUCUGUGACAAACGGUUUGCCUUGUCUGGAACACUGGUGAGGCAUGAGCGCCUCCACACCGGUAUCACCCCCUACCACUGCUCCGACUGCGGCAAGACCUUCGCACAGCAGUGGACGCUCACCACACACAUGAGGACUCACACGGGAGAAAAGCCAUAUAGCUGUUCUCAGUGCGACAAGUCGUUUGUCGCUCCUGGGGAGCUCCGGAGGCACACCAGGAUCCACACAGGAGAGAAACCAUACACCUGCGGUAACUGCUGCCGGCACUUCUCAUUAGCGGGAACUCUAAGAAACCACCGCCGGUCGUGUACGCAGAGCAAGAGCGAGUCCGUCCCUGAUGUCAUCUUAGGAGUGAACCGAGCAUCAGUAGAUAAGUCGUACCUGGAGGGCCAGGCUAACUCCAUUGUCUGCAAGGUACCUGAAAGCGAGACCUCUCCAAAUGCUGCUGAGCCUACUUCCUCAGAGCAUCUUAACUGUGUCACAUCGCCUCAGCCAGAAGAGAACCUCAUUUCCACUCCCCAUGUGAAUGUUGUAGUGAAACAGGAAGAAGAGGAAGAACCCUUAUACGAGGAAACUCCUGACCGGGCAUCAGAUGGGGAGAAUUGCGAGACUCCAGAAGAAAAUGAAGAGCUGCAUCAGCAAAGCAACAAAGAGAUUAGGAUUACAGUAAAAGAUGAAGAGGAGGGGUCAGUAAACGAAAAUCCGGAUGCUGACGAAGACGUUGAAAAACGCGGUCUUCCAACGUCACCUGAGGAAAAGCAAAGUCGAAGCAACUCGAAGAGUUCCUACUGCUGUGGGCUCUGUGGAAGAGACUGCCACAAGAUGUCGGCGUUGCAGAUCCACAUGCGCAUUCACUCGGGCGAGAAACCCUACCAGUGCUCCCUCUGCGGAAAACAGUUCACACAAAAGGGUCAGCUAAAAGGUCACUUUAAAGUCCACACGGGAGAAAAGCCAUAUUCCUGCCCGGACUGCGGCAAGAGCUUUGCCCACUCGGGCGCCAUGAACCGACACCGGCUCACCCACACGGGUGAGAAGCCGUACCACUGCUCCGUGUGCGACCGCAGCUUUAACCAGUCUGGCCGACUGAGGGAACACGAAAAAAUCCACCUGGGGGAGAAGUUCGACUGUCCCGAGUGCGACAAGAGCUUCACGCGCGCUUCCAGCCUCAAAAACCACGUGAGGCUGCACACAGGUGAGAGGCCGUACGGUUGCGAUGUCUGUGGGCGAGGCUUCAGCCGCUCGCAGAGCCUCAGACUCCACAGGAGGAAACACUUUGAGACCGAAGGAACGUCUCCGGCCGCCACGAAGAAUGACGACUUCUAUGAGAGCGACAAUAACUCCCCCAUUAAUAUGUGCAUAACGGAGAAAAAUGACUGAAAAAAAACUCUUUAUUUAACCAGAUAUAUAUUGGUAGUGUUUAGUACGAGAUCAAAGUCUGUAAAACUGAGAAAGUGGAAAGUAGCGGCUUACCUCUGUGAAUUUAUUGUUACCCAUCUGUAAUGCUUCUAUAUAAAAAGUGUUAAAAACUAAAAUAUUUAUCUCUGAAGUGGACAAACAGCCUUAUGAACAGAAACACAGCUGUGGUCUGUGCUACCAAGCAGGAUUACCUGCUCAUCAAGAAGCACGAAGCUGGGUUACUCCUUACCUGGGUUCAGCACUAUUUAUUUAUUUAUUUUAACUUUUUUUUAGUCCAUAGUAGGGAAUUUAUACUGAAACAAAUUCUAGUCAAUGGCAUUUGAAAAUUAAAAAAAAAAAAAAAAAAAUACUUCUUUCCUCUGGUUUUCUGAGAUGCACCAUUUCACUUUGCUAUCGUGUAAAAUCGAUUUUUUUGAGUUUUCACAUCAUGUUAUAAUGAUAUUCGUUAAUCAAAGACAUACCUGGAGAAAGAGGCCCAAUUGCGAGGAGAUAAGUUGCGAAGUCAAAUUUCUUUUAAGUUAUGAUCGAUAUAUAGACAUGUUGCAGCGUAACGUCACGUUGUACAUGCCCAAGAUCCCUGCUGGAGGACAAAAACGCUGCUUGCAGACGAUGGCUAUCGUUGGUUUUACUGUCAACAUGAUGCGCUAAAUCUUAAAUGUAUGCUUGAUAUAUAAAAGAAAAAGUGACGUGGUGCUUUGCGACUAAUUGUCAACACUAUGACAACAACAUAAUAAGGUCCAAGGAUAUCACAUUUCACAAGUUAGUAAAAAGUAUUAAUUGGGAAAAAAAAAGUGAGGGAGAGGAAAUUAGUUCAUUUAAACUAGCUUGACUUUGACACGUCUGCUUAGUAAAAGCUGGGAUUUUUCACCAUUAAUACUUCAAUUCAUGAAUCUGUAACUGUAACUACACUCUGUACUUUAUGUAAAGUGAAUUCAUGAUUGCAGCAGCUGUACUUUCUGAUAUUUUUUAGAACAGUUGAAAUGGUAAAAUAAUUUAAUUCUGAAACAUGUUAAAAAGAAAUUGCAGAUAUUUAAUAAAUACGCACCAUAUUGCAGGGGUGUCCAAAGUACGGCACAGCUGGGCUGAUUGGACUGAUUGGGGCCCCAAGCUCAGGUGGUUGAUGCAAAUUGAGGCUUUUUUAUGUUUAAUUAGUGCAAAAUUAUUACAGACAAAUUAGAAUCUUCUUAGCACCCACAUAAAGAAUUUUGUCUUUUGAUAAUCAUACUUUUUGCUUUCUCUUUAAUUCUGUUUUUAUUACUGAGAAUUGGACAAUUUAGUAUCCAAAAGAAUGUUCAAACUGGAUUCCUUACUUGUGAAAAGCCCUUUUUAAGUUCUGGAUGAUUUAAACUUUCCUUUCCUCUAAAAAAUUCAACCCCUUUAUUUAAAUAAUUUUUUGGUGAUUUAAAUGUUUUUAAAAAUUAUUUUAUUUUAUUUAUUUAUUUUUUUUUGUCCUGUAAGAACUUUUGCCUUGACGAUUUUGGCUCGUGACAAAAACUUCAGACACCUCCGCCCUAGUGUGCUUUCUCUUUCAAACUCAAAACCUCCCAGUGAUACACACUCUUCGGGACUGGAAUUUGUAUUAUUUGUGCCUCAGAACAUAGGUGCUGUAAGAUGAUAAUGGUUUAAAACCUAAAAUAUUAACUUUAACAAAGAAUUUACACCUUCUGUCUUCAGCAACUUCCACAAACCGCCACCAGUACGAUUCAAACCCCAAAAUCCCACCUCCAUUGUAGGACUGAAGUAAAUUUCUAACUAGGUUAUCUGUUUUUAUUUGUUGUUUAAGUCAAGAGAAAAAGAG